AUGUUGUCUCGUUCUUCAAUUCGUGCUUACAGCACCAUACCUAAUGCCAUCAAAAUUACAGCAAAAGAUUCAGUCAACGAAUUGACUAAAUUAGCAGUUGUAAUUGAUAAUGCAGGUGCUAAAAACGGUAAACUUGGUACAUCACAUUUAUUAUCUAAAUUUGCAUUUUUAAGUAAUGGAAAUAAAUCAGCUUUACGUUUUACAAGAGAAUCAGAAUUAUUGGGUGGAGAUUUUUCAGCAAAACCAACAAGAGAUGGUUUAGUUUUAGAAACUAAAUUCUUAAAACAAGAUUUACCAUAUUAUGUUGAAGAAUUAGGAAAUGUUUUAUCAAAUACAAGAUAUACUCGUCAUGAGUUUGAAGAAGUUGUGUUACCAGCUGCCAAAUAUGAAGCUCAAUAUGCUCAUUCAAAUUCACAUUUUGCAGGUGUAGAUAAAUUACAUGAAAUUACUUUUAGAAAAGGUUUAGGUAAUCCAUUAUAUUAUAACGAAUCAACUCCAAUUGAAGUAGACGAAUUAGCUCAAUUUGCUCAAGAUCAUUUUACUGGGGAAAAUAUAACUAUACAUUCAGAAGGUGCAGAUGAAGCUGAUUUAACUAAAUUUGUUGAAGAAUCAGCUUUCUGUUAUUUACCAAAAGGUACAAAAGAUGCCACUGUUCCAACUACAUUUUAUAAAAAUCAAGAAGCUAGAAUACCAGCUACUGGUGCAUCAACAGCAUUGAUUGGUAUUCCAGUUAAACCAGCUGAUUUUGGUAAAUAUUUAACAUUAGCAGCAGCAAUUGGUACACAUAAAUUACCAACUAUAGUUGGUCCAUUAUCUAAGAUUCCAGGUGCUACAUCACAAUUACAUAAACAUAAAGAAGCUGGUUUGUUUGUUAUAUCAGUAACUGGUAAAGCAAGUGAAGUAGCUGAAGGUAUUAAACAAGCUAAAAAAGUUGCUGAUUCAGUUUCUUCAACUGAUUUACAAAAUUCAGUUAAAUAUGCAGAAUUAUCUGUUGCAUUACAAUCUUCAUUAUCAAAACCAUUAGACAUUAAAGUUCAAGCCUCCUCAGCUCCAAUAAAAGAUUUCAACUACGUUGCAGUUGGUGAUUUAAAUGUAUUACCUUUUGCUUCUGAUUUGUAA